UUAAUUUGCAUUAAUACUGACAUUGUUGUACUAUGUUUAGGGACUUGAGAAUGCAGUCUCUAACUUGGCUCCAAGGGCAGAACAUAGGAAUUGCGCGCGACAUGUGUAUAUGAAUUGGAAGAAAGCCAAUAAGGGUAUUACUUUGAAGAACAUGUUCUGGAAAGCUGCUAGGAGCACCAAUGAGGAGGAAUUCAAGAUUUCUGUCCAGGAAUUAAAGCAAGAGAACUCAGCCGCAUACGAUGACUUCAUGAGCAGAGAUUUUCACAAGUUUUGUAAGGCAUUUCUUUCAACUAAUGCGUUUAGUGACAUGAUAGAUAAUAACAUCAGUGAAACUUUCAACGGUUAUAUAUUGAAUGCUAGAGGAAAGCAUGUUAUCCACAUGUGUGAAGAAAUUAGGACUUCAUUGAUGGUUAGACAAGUUAAGAAAUAUAAGGAGAUGUCUGUGGUUGAUGAUAGAAUCUGUCCAGCUGUUAGAAAGCAACUUGAGAAGAGGAGAGAGUAUAGUGCAAAUUGUCAUACAUUUCCUGCUUUAGGUGGUAAGUUUGAAGUGCAUAUAGAGGCAGGCAAUUUUGUUGUAAAUUUAGGUGGUAGGUCAUGUACUUGUAGGGUGUGGGAUCUUACGGGUAUUCCAUGUAUACAUGCCAUCUCUGCAGUACAUUUUAUGAACUUGGACCCUGCUGAUUUUGUACAUGAUUUCUACACUGUGAGAAAGUAUUUACAAGCAUAUGAGGUUGGAUUAGAACCUGUCAGAGGUGCUAAUAUGUGGCCUGAGGUUGUGGGUUCCAUUGUGAAGCCUCCAGAAGUCAGAAAAAUGCCUGGAAGACCGAAAAAAAAGAGGAGAAGAGAUCCCGAGGAAAAGAAUACCCACAAAUUGAGCAAGCAUGGUGUUAGGAUGACUUGUGGAAAGUGUCAUCAAGAAGGGCAUAACAUUAGGGGAUGCAAGAAUGAAAUUGUGCAUAAACCACCACAAGAAAAGAGGAGGAGAGGCAGGCCAUCUAAAAAACCAAGCAACAUCUCACAAGAAGCAAGGGCAACCACUACAUCAAGUUCAAGGGGACAGAGCACGAUUGUGAAUGAGAUCUCACGUACCCAAGAAAGCAGAAGUUGAGCAUUAUAGUGCAUCUGCAUCUGCACUACUUUGUUUUUUGAAACACUAAUUCAUUUGUGUAAGGUGGAUAGAAAUAUUUGGGGCUAAGCAAGUUGUUAAGUUAAGUUAGUUUGGAUUUUUGGUGUUUUUCUUUAUGUUCUGUUUUUUGAAAUUGUGAUAUGAGAUGUACAUUUGAACUUCAGUUUGUAACUUGAUAUGUUCAGUUUUUUUCUUUGUUUAAGCUAAGAUACAAGUCUGUUCAGUUUUUUUCA